UGCAGCAAAAACCCAUCACAGGGUUAUUCAUCAACAUGACAGUCUGUCAGUUUUUGAUCUGCUUCGUCCUCCUCAACCUGCAGGAUGGAAGCGCCGGUCUUGGCAAUGCAGAAACUUCAUUACAUCCAGGAAUGGGAGGCCGAAACAUUACAGGCUCACAGACCUCACCACCCAUUCAGGCUAAUGUCACUGCUUCACCAGCAGUGGACAACAGCACAGCAGCUGAAGGGGAGCUCCGCCUGGUUAAUGGACGUAGUAACAGCUCCUGCUCUGGCAGGGUGGAGAUCUUCCACAGUGGGCAGUGGGGGACAGUGUGUGAUGAUUCUUGGGGCCUGGCGGAUGCUCAUGUGGCGUGUAGACAGCUGGGCUGUGGCAGGGUCCGCUCAGCAGUAACACAUGCACAAUUUGGACGGGGCACAGGACCCAUCUGGAUGGAUGAAACCACAUGCACAGGCCAUGAAUCAGAGCUCUCUGAGUGCCUCCACUUAGGGUUUGGAUCUCAUGACUGUGGCCACAGUGAAGACGCCGGUGUGAUCUGUGAAGGAGAUGGGCAGGAGCUCCGCCUGGUCAAUGGAAGUAGUAACAGCUCCUGCUCUGGCAGGGUGGAGAUCCUCCACAUUGGGCAGUGGGGGACAGUGUGUGAUGAUGCCUGGGGCCUGGUGAAUGCUCAGGUGGUGUGUAGACAGCUGGGCUGUGGCAGGGCCCACUCAGCAGUAACACAUGCACAAUUUGGACGGGGCACAGGACCCAUCUGGAUGGACCAGGUCACAUGCACAGGCCGUGAAUCAAAGCUCUCUGAGUGUCGCCACUUAGGGUUUGGAUCUCACAACUGUGGCCACAGUGAAGACGCCGGUGUGAUCUGUGAUGGCUCACAGACCUCACCACCCAUUCAGGCUAAUGUCACUGCUUCACCAGCAGUGGACAACAGCACAGCAGCUGAAGGGGAGCUCCGCCUGGUUAAUGGAAGUAGUAACAGCUCCUGCUCUGGCAGGGUGGAGAUCUUCCACAGUGGGCAGUGGGGGACAGUGUGUGAUGAUUCUUGGGGCCUGGCGGAUGCUCAUGUGGUGUGUAGACAGCUGGGCUGUGGCAGGCCCCUCUCAGCAGUAACACAUGCACAAUUUGGACGGGGCACAGGACCCAUCUGGAUGGAUGAAACCACAUGCACAGGCCGUGAAUCAGAGCUCUCUGAGUGUCGCCACUUAGGGUUUGGAACUCACAACUGUGGCCACAAUGAAGACGCCGGUGUGAUCUGUGAAGGAGAUGGGCAGGAGCUCCGCCUGGUUAAUGGAAGUAGUAACAGCUCCUGCUCUGGCAGGGUGGAGAUCCUCCACAGUGGGCAGUGGGGGACAGUGUGUGAUGAUGCCUGGGGCCUGGUGAAUGCUCAGGUGGUGUGUAGACAGCUGGGCUGUGGCAGGGCCCACUCAGCAGUAACACAUGCACAAUUUGGACGGGGCACAGGACCCAUCUGGAUGGACCAGGUCGCAUGCACAGGCCGUGAAUCAAAGCUCUCUGAGUGUCGCCACUUAGGGUUUGGAUCUCACAACUGUGGCCACAGUGAAGAUGCCGGUGUGAUCUGUGAUGGCUCACAGACCUCACCACCCAUUCAGGCUAAUGUCACUGCUUCACCAGCAGUGGACAACAGCACAGCAGCUGAAGGGGAGCUCCGCCUGGUUAAUGGAAGUAGUAACAGCUCCUGCUCUGGCAGGGUGGAGAUCUUCCACAGUGGGCAGUGGGGGACAGUGUGUGAUGAUUCUUGGGGCCUGGCGGAUGCUCAUGUGGUGUGUAGACAGCUGGGCUGUGGCAGGCCCCUCUCAGCAGUAACACAUGCACAAUUUGGACGGGGCACAGGACCCAUCUGGAUGGAUGAAACCACAUGCACAGGCCAUGAAUCAGAGCUCUCUGAGUGUCGCCACUUAGGGUUUGGAACUCACAACUGUGGCCACAAUGAAGACGCCGGUGUGAUCUGUGAAGGAGAUGGGCAGGAGCUCCGCCUGGUUAAUGGAAGUAGUAACAGCUCCUGCUCUGGCAGGGUGGAGAUCCUCCACAGUGGGCAGUGGGGGACAGUGUGUGAUGAUGCCUGGGGCCUGGUGAAUGCUCAGGUGGUGUGUAGACAGCUGGGCUGUGGCAGGGCCCACAACAAUGGCAAAAGCAAUAACGAUACAGACAACAAGAACAACAAUGACAACGCCAAAAGCAACAACGACCAGAAUGAGUACAUCACUGAGUGUACCAACCACUUCAAAAAGCUCCACACCUUUAUCAGUCUCUUCUGA